AUGUCAGACACACGUGAGGCCAUUGUCCAGGCAGCGCACCUUCCGAUGUCUGUAAUCAUCGUAGGCGUCGGCUCUGCAGACUUCAGUGACAUGCAGCUCCUCCUGCGCUCCACCAGGGGGCAAUCUGUGUGCAGGGACAUCGUCCAAUUUGUGCCCUUCAGGAACUUCAAACACGCUUCUCCGGCGGCCCUGGCGAAGUCGGUUUUGGCCGAAAUUCCGAAUCAAAUCAUGGAGUAUUACAACAGCCGAGGAAUCAAACCCAAAACCCACAGGUCCACCAGGCCCUUCUAGACCAAGCCCAGGACUAAACCAAGACUGAACUAGGACUAA